GUUCUCUUCAGUCGAAAUCUUCCAAAUGAAUUUGAAAAGCCUUUGGUCCAAAUUAUGUUCAAAGAUGGAAAUGUUCAAGGAUGGGAUGUUGAAAAGCGUUAUCUGCAAUACAAUAUUCUGGAAUGGCUUUUAUUGCACCGUUUGCAAGAACUGAAAUCGUUGGGAUCGGAUUUUGUUCUAACUUUCAUCAAAAGUAUGGGAGGGGAACGUCAUCCCAAAUGCCUGCCAUUGGUUUUUCGAAUGUUCGUCAUUGUGGCUCAGUCAUGUACUCUGGGGCCUUUUGUUGAGGACUUGUUCGAGGUGGUUGCAUGCUACUUUCCAGUGGAGUUUAGGCAGACUCCCAGCUCACCUGUUACUAAAGAGCUUCUAGCCGAAGGAUGCUUAAAAUGUCUCAUAGCCCAUCCGGAUUUCGCCCCGUACUGUUACAUGCUUAUCGAGGAGAAGUUUACCGAUGAUGAUUCUACUACAGAGCAGAAAGAAGACACUUGUGAAUUACUUGCUGAGGCCGCUUCGGUUUUCCCGCCCGAGGAAAUAAUUGAUCAUUUGGAAGUGUUACUAGGAGGACUGCGUGUUGUUGGAUUGAAUCCCAAAGGUAGCCUUCCCGAUUGUGUAAUCCGAGCUCUUAAAGCGAUGACAGGAGCAAUGGAGCAAGCUGGUGCUGAAGCAGCAAAAAAUCUAGGCUCUCAACUUAUUGAAAAUUUGGAGCCUUUUGUUCUACAAGCCGAGAUGGGUCUCACUGAACGAGCUCUUUCGCUUUUACGAUGUGCAGCUGAAGCAGGUCCAUCUAUACGGAUACAAAUCUAUGACCAAGUCAUCCCGUGGAUCCUUAUGCUUGCACAAGGUGUUCUAUAA